AGCAACCUGCGCUGCUGAAAGUUGCUCCCGUUUGCAAGCCCAUCCAUUCCAUCUUCGGUCUCUUACGGCCGCACCUUCCGAGGACUUUCGCCCCGCGACCAGCCCGACUUUUGAUCUUGCACGUUCCUCGCCUCCGCAGACACCCCGCGCUUGUCUCCUAUCAUCCCCAGUAUCGCUUAGGAGACGGAGACACUCACCCGCAGAGCCUGCCGCUGUGUCGCAAACACCAAGCCGCAACCAGCCAAGAUGUAACAGGCUGCUGCACCCCUCCCCCAGCAACAACACCACCUUGCCCUUGCCCUUGCCCUUGUCCUGCCCUAUCCAAUGCAGCCAGCAAGGCCCCCGCCGAGGGCUCCAGGGAGCUUCUCGCCCCUGUCACCGAGUAACUCGGCAAGUGUGACCGACGACUCGCGCCCGAGGCGGUCGAGCGACGAACCGGCACCCUUGAAUGUGGUGAAGACGCGCACUCCGCAGCCGCCCACCGCGCCGUCCCCAACACCCAUCUACACCAGCUUCACCUCCGGGAACAGCGCCAACGCCAAGGCCGACGCCGGCACCGCCGGCCCCCAGAACUUCUCGCGCCCCACCGUGUCGACCGCCGUCUCGGCCGCCCGCUCCGUCGCCGGCACUCAUUCUCCAGUCGAUGCCCUUCCGCGCAGUGGGGCCUCUCCUCUGACCCUACCGCCCGCCACCUCGUCUCCCGUGACGCCCACCUUCGGAGGCCGGCUUGGGCACUCGCGGAAGCACUCCCAGAACGCCGGCUUGUUCGAGCCCACCCUGCCGUCGACGAGCACAUCCAACCUGUCGCAAAUCGGGCUUACCAAGCAGUCUCCAAGAGCCGCGCCAGCGCCGCACCGAGAGAUGUCCGCGAGUCAGAUCGCAGCACAAGCUGCCGUGAUGCAGCAUCAGAAUCAGCAACAGCAGGCGCAGCAAGCGCAGCAAGCGCGCCAGCGCUCCCAGACGGUGCCACCUCAUGGGGCUGACGACCAGCCAGCCAAGCGCGGGAGUGGUGGGCCCUUGAACCCCCCGCUACUGAGCCUUACCGAAGCCAGCGUGCCUCGAGAUAAUGCAUUUGGGGGGGAGACCUACCACAACGGCCUGCCUGGCAACCACACGCUGGCCGCCACGGCCGCCGCCAAUCUCGUCUUCCCGCGAUCCGCACAGGCGACUCCCGGGAUACCCACGCAGUCGCUCGCCCCUCAACCUCCGCCUCCGCCUCCGCCUCCGGCCUCCGAGAAACCGGUGAAGCCAGAGAAGUCCAAGGUCAAGCUCUUCUCGCGUCAAGUGAAGAUUGGUGGCAAGAGCGAUUUGAAGGACAAGCCGCUACCCAGUCCAGGCAAGGUAGGCCACGUCUUCGCGAACCUGCAACGGGGGAACUUCAGCACCACUAGCCUCGAUUCGACAUCCCAGUCGUUCUACAGCCUGCCGAACUCGUCGGCUGCAACCAUACGGCCAGUCGAGAUGCCGCCAGAAAAGGAGGGGAAGGAGAAGGAGAAGAAGCAUCACUUCUUGUCGCGCCAAAAACACAAGCUCAAGGACGACUACCAUCUUCCGCUCUCGUCCGCUAUGAGCAACUCCAGGCCGACGGAUCCGAAUGCGCCGAGCAGCCUCUACAGUUUCAGCCUGCCUCAAAGCCCGGGUCCGAGCAGCACCACUUUCAAGUCAGCCCUGGACCUGCGCCAUGGGGGGCGGGCUUUACGAGAGAAGAGGAAAGAGGAGAAGGCGUUGGAAGAUGCCUCGACCUCCGGCAUCGGGAGCGAAUGGCCGGGUUCGAGCGCUGUCGGUUCGGGGUCAGGCGCCCUCGGUCCGGCGCUCUACCUCAAUGAGCCGUUUGACAGCCACAAAUACGGUCUCAACAACAUGACCCAUGACGAUGCUUGGCCUUUUUUGAAGGCAAAGUUGCUUGUUGUGUUCGAGGCUGAAGAUCUCCGGCUGCCGGUUGAGGACCUCAACCGCGUCGUCACGAUGCACAUCCAGUACUGCCUGGCUCGCCGGAGCCCAAACAUCAUUGUGGAUGAUCUGAGGGAGCUGUUGUCCACGGGCUUCUCCAGCCUCGACCAGACCCUCCGCAAGACCCCCGAGGAUAGGCUGAUCCCGUCCCUGGUCGAGCUCUGGAUAUUUACGUUUACCGGUAUUCUACCAUAUCUGCAGGCCGUCUUCUUACCGCUGGACCUCGAGUUUGCGGGAAACGGGCCCCUGAUGUCGCCUGAACAGGCUCGUGACUUCUGGGGCGGCAUCCCGGCGACAACCUCAACAAGCGACCCGUCUUCUGCCGCUCCCAAAAGCGUCAGCGUUUCCCCUGCCUCUUCGGUGCUCGAAGUGCGCCGCUUUGUGCUGCUCGCUUUUCGCGACAUCGUCAUACUCCCUCGCUACGAGACACUCAAAGCCAUGUUCUCCCGCCUCUCUCUUGAGUUCCUGCCCCAGUCCCUGGCAUCCAUGGCCCUCGCCUCGCCACCACUGCCCAUCCCCUCGCCGGGCUACCACAAGCAGAGCAUAAACCAACAGCUCUCCGGCUCCCCAUCCGAACAGCACGCCUCCACGAGCCUCCCAACCGCGUUCGGAUACCGUUCAAACCCGGCCGCCUCGCUCGACCCGGCAGUGGCAAGCUACAACAGCACCGGCAGCACCCUGCUCGGCGACAGCUCCGGCAGCGGCAACCGCAGCCGCGCCAUCAGCAACGUCAGCUUCGGCAGCGACGGCCCCGCCCACCCGCUGCGGCCGCGCGACCAGAUCGUCGAGGACUCGAAGCAGGUCACCGACAUGGUCGGCCGCAUGCUGCAGUGCAUGAGUGUGCUCGCUUCCGUCUCCGUCGCGGCCCCGGUCUCGGUCGCCGCCACCCCCGCCGGCCAAGACGCGGACGAGGGCGCCCGCCGCAUCGAGGAACUCAACAAGCUGCUCAAGCUCAACUGGCUCGGCCGCGGGCGCACCGGCCGCAACAGGCGCGGCAUGGUCGGCGGGCGGGCCACGAGGAAAGCCGCGGGCGGCGCGAGUGGGGGUGGGGAUACGGCUGCGGGUGCCGGUGCGGGUGCUGUCGGUACCAGUCCCGAGGUGCGGGUGCCGCAGCCGCCGCCGCCGCCGCAGUCUUCUUCGAGCGUGUCAGCGUCUUCGAGCAUGGGCGUGUGAGGCAGCACGACCGGUCGGCCACUCUGGAGGGUGGUCAAUGAUGGAUGACGCUGUGUGCGGUUGAUUAUGUUGGGUAUGUCACAUGGCGGUCAUCGGAUGGGGGAUGGGAUUGGGAUCUGAUGGGAUCAUGUUGGGGCCAGGUACGGUUAACCACAGCUGCUGCACACACAAACACACA